UUCACCUCGUCGACAACUAGCAUCACCACACACUUGUCUCUGGUCUGUAACCUGUGUCUUAGCGACACGAUAAAAGUCUAUUGACGUCUACUGACACAAGUGAAGUGUCGAGACGUAACUGUCAGUGGUUGCAACGAGUAAUAGGUUUUAUGAUUUCCGAGUUGGAUUUUACCUAGUGUGAGGGCAUUGAUUGCGAAAACGGGAGAUGCCGGAACAGCAUUAUUUUGGUACAUAAUAAAAGGAUGACACGUUUUCUACCAGGACAUACGCCCAAUCGUCUUUAUUGUUCUUGUUAUUGUUAUUACUCAAGACGCUUGCUGAAGCGUCGACGGUAUUUAACGAAUAAAUUUUCAUCAUAUUCGAAAGUUGAAUUGGAAAAAAAAAAUAUUUUUUUUAAUUACUAUCAUGCUCACAGAAAUGGUUCGGCUUUCUUACCAACAUCGUGCUUUUUAUUGCUAUGUUAUACUCAGUAUUUGGAUAUUCCUUCUCGUUGCUGGCAUGUACAAGUACAUCGGAAAUAAUGAAAAAAGUUCUAUUCAAAGCAAGCCACUGAGUAGCGAUGUACCGGUUCGCGAAUUUGCCAGGCAUUUUAAACCAGAUAUUAAAAAUAAACGAAUAUUCAAACUGUGCAAUCCACCGGAUGACAUCAAGAUUGGAUCUGAAGGAAAAAUCGAUGGAAACUUGACAUUGGAAGGAGUAAUUAUAUUUAUACGACACGGAGAUCGCGGACCAUUAUCCCACAUACGUAAUAUCAGUACGGUUAAUUGUGCGGGUGACUUUAGUUCAAACCCAAAACUAGAAAGUGUUUACCAAAAUUAUCAGAAUUUUAUACUAAAUUCAACGGCGUAUACACAAUCAGCUUGGUCGCAGUUCCUGGGCCCGUUCCACGGGUUCCCUAUGCUGCCUAACAAUGUAAAAGAGUGCAAAAUAGGCGAGCUGACGACUCUGGGCAUCGGCCAGUUGCUUAAGACGGGGCUGAUACUGAAAAAUGCAUAUUACAAUAAACUAAAUCUUGGUAACAGCACAAUGUUAUCUAAAGAUGUUGUUGUAUAUAGCACGAGAUACCGAAGAACUGUACAAAGUGCCAUAGCUCUUCUUUAUUCUUUAUUGCUAGAGAACGAAGUCUUCCAAAAUUUCGGAAAAAUUUCUAUGCGCGAAAGCUCCAGUCUCACUUUUUGUAAUACUGACUGUGCUUGUCCGGCUGCGGAAAAAUUUGUUAAACAAUACAAUAAGGAAACAAGUGAUCGAUUAAAAUCACAUCCAGCGGUAAUAGAAUUAAUAAAACAAUCAUCAAAUGUAGUAUUCGAAAUGCCGGAUCAAGCGCAAACAAAGCAUCCAGAUACACUUAAAGAUGCAUUGUUAACAUACAUUUGUCACGGAUCAUCGCUUCCAUGUGUAAACUACGAAAGUCAGCGUAUUUGUGUUAAAACAGACCACGUUACCGGGCUGUUUGCUUACAUUGAAUGGGAGUCGAAGCUCAAUAUCAAGAGCUCGAAUCGCCGCAAGUACGGACUCUUGAGAGCUUACGGAUUGUUGCGAAACGUUGUCUCCCACAUGGUACAAAUGAUAUCCGAAUCAAAGCCAAAAAUAGUCCUGUUUUCCGGUCACGAUAAAACGCUCGAGUACUUGGCGAGCGCUCUCGGGAUUGUUGUUGAUCACGCCAUUUCGCCGCACUACGCUUCCCGAUUUGUUAUUGAAAUUUGUCGCGUUAAUUCCAAAAACGAGAACCACGUCGCCAAUGAUUUUUAUUUUCGCGUUAUUGUUAAUGGAAAAGACGUUACUCAGACUAUUGCUUUUUGUAAAAAUUCUAAUUAUUACAGUGAUAAUUACGGUGAUAAAAACGACGACGGCGAAUUUUUAAAAAAAGAAUAUAAACUUUGUCCUAUUGAAGCGAUUAUACGACAAUUGCAUGACGACUAUUUUCUACCUUUUAAUGCUACUAAUUUCAAAGACGCUUGUUUUAAUCAUUGAUUGUUUUAAUAUUAUUUUUACAUACUUUGUUUUUAUUUUUAUCUCUGUAAACAUGCAGGUAGUGUUUAAAGUGGUUUAAGUGAUGAAUAGUUUAUCGAAAGUUAUUUAUAGUUUUUAAUCGAUAUCCAUAAAGUCAAUGUAAGAAAAAUUUUUUUACAUUGACCUUUAUGUAAAAUUUGUUUCUUUCAACCGUAGAAGAUUUAAGGGGGAACACCACUGUGACGAUCGAAGAAAAGAGGUGAUUUUCGGGAAUUUUUUUGACAGGGAAAAUAAAGGAAUUUG